AUGAAUUGCAUCUUAGGCACUCAAGAAGAAACGGACGUUGUCAGUAUAGAUAUACUGACGUUUCUCAGAGAUAUGGUUAAUCAGACCGUUAUUGAUCUUUUGUUCAUAAAUAACGAAGGACUGGAAUUUGAUCUGCUGCCUGUGAUAGCAGUCGGUGAUUUACUGAAGGAAAGUGGCAUAGUGAUAUGCCAGAUGAAUGUUGAGAUUCAUGUCUCGGAACAAGAGGACAGGCUUGAAUAUUUUGCUAGUAUGAUGUCCGACGUACUCAAUGCUAGGCGAUUCGCUUUAUUACACUGGUGGGGUCAUCAACGUGCCUUUUUCAUCAAUAUUCAGCACCCUAUGUGUGUGGAAAAAUAUCUUGUGCAGUUCUUUAAAUAA